UUCAAAAUAUGGUCGAUGGUUGACAGAGCCAUAUUUCUUUCGUUUUGACUUACGGUUGCUUUCGUUUGAGGUUCUGGGUGGUUGGAGAAGACCCUGUGUGCAAACGAAGUCAUCUCACCUAGUUUAAGAUGAUUUUUAAGUUACAUGCAGUGUAUGGAGAAUGGUUGUUGAGAGAUUUCCGUUGGGAUUUUGUGGUUGAUGAUCUCAAAGGAACAAGAUUGUUUUUAUUGAAUGAAGAUUCAACACAUGCUGAACUUGUUGCAAUGGCUCAAGAAGAUUAUAACCUGGACAUGAGAUCAGUGACUGUGGAGAUUAGCUACUCAUUACCAGCAGAAAUGAUGAUGACUCCAGGCAGUCCUCCCAUUCAUGUUACAAGUGAUAGACAAGUUCGAAACUUGCUCGAGAUACUCAAAAUGCAUAGAGUAUGUCUUUGUGUAUCAAGCCGCAGCAAGGUGGAAACGGUUUCAGAGAAAAGAGAAAAAGCUGGUGAAUGGGAAGAAGAUGUUGGUUAUAAUGAUGAAGCUGGUGAAUGGGAAGAAGAUGUUGGUGAUAAUGAUGAGGCUGAUGAAUGUUUUGAAGAUGUUGGUGAUAAUGAGUCUGUUGAAGAUGAAAAUCAAGAUGGGGAGGAGGAAAAUGGGGAGGAGGAAAAUGGGGAGGAGGAUGCUGAUAACACUAUUGUUGGUGAAACGGAUCAGAAUGGUGGAGAUUACAGUCUUUAUGGAAAGGUUCUAGAUGAGGACGAGGAAGAUGAUGAUAAUAUUUGUUUUGAAGAAAUUGAAAAGACAUAUGCUAAGACAAAUGCUAUUGAAGGAGGAAAAUCGGAUUGUACCAGCAUCUAUGUCAACCAGAGUUUUGUUAGCAAGGAUGUACUGCUUUCAGAGCUGCGGUUGACAGCAGUGAGGGGUAGGUUUUCUUUCAGAAUAUACAAAUCAACAAAAACUCUCCUUGUGGCAAUAUGUCGGGUUAGCGGUUGUGGAUGGAAGAUCAGAGCGAGUGUGAAACAUGGGCCAAACACGUUUUGGGUAACAAAGUAUGUGGAAAAACAUUUAUGCUCAAUUGGAGACCGAAUCGCUCAGCGGAGACACUGUACUCCAAAGUAUGUUGGUAGUCUUUUCAUUGAUCGUGUUGGGAUCAUUGAUGGGAUAACUCCACAGCAUAUCACUGAUGUAAUGAAGAACAUGUUUGGCAUGACGCUUGAUUACACCACUUCAUACAGAGCACUGUUAUAUGCACAGAAAUUGGUGAGAGGAUCAGUAGAAGAAGGGUAUUCGCGUCUGCCUUCAUAUCUCGAGCAAAUCUCCAUUGCAAAUCCUGAUUCUAUCACGGCUAUAGAACUUGAUUCUAAGAAAAGAUUUAAGUAUCUAUUUCUCUCUUUUGGAGCUUCUAUCAAAGGUUUUAAGUAUCAGAGAAGGGUCAUUGUGGUGGAUGGAACUCACCUAAGUGGAAAGUAUGGAGGUGUUAUGUUAGUUGCAGCCGCACAAGAUGGCAAUUUUCAGAUAUUCCCAUUGGCUUUUGGGAUCGUGGAUGCUUAA